AUAUUAAUUUAGAGUUUACACCACAAGUUUUGUUGUAUUUCCAAUUGUACCCCGUGGUUUCACUCAUAAAAAACCCAUCCCCUUCUCACAUUCACUUUCAACAUAGACACCAUUUCAAAGUACAGUAAUUCUCUCUCCUUUCUCUCUCUACCGUUUUCUCUCUCUACCGUUGCUCUGCUUUUGUGAAAAGUUGGAAAUUCGGAUUAUGGAGUAUUUGGCCGGGGAUUACGCUGAAUUUUCGUCGGUCGACAAUGGGAAUUUCAAUCACAGCAGUAAUGGCGGUGGCGGCGUUCAUUUUAUCGUCGACGAUUUGCUCGAUUUUUCCAAGGCGGACGAGACCAUGACCGACGCGUUUUUCGACACUCUGGCCGGGAAUUCCGGUGAUUCCUCCACGGUUACGGCGGUCGACAGCUGUAAUUCGUCGGUUUCCGGCGGUGGAGACGGCCAAUUCAACGGUGACGUCAGCUGCCGGAGCUUUAACGACACGCAGUUCUCCGGCAACGAACUCUGCGUUCCGUAUGAUGAUUUAGCGGAGCUGGAAUGGCUUUCCAAUUUCGUGGAAGAAUCGUUCUCAACAGACGACCUCCACUUCAUCCCCGCCACCAACGCCGCCGCCGCCGCCGCCGCCGCAGCAGCAACCAAGGCUGUAGCCGCAGACGCCUCUUCCUCUGUCAUCACCACCAACUCGCCGCCUCAACCAAUUUUCCCUACCGAGGUCUCAGUCCCCGGAAAAGCCCGCAGCAAACGCUCACGCGCCGCCCCCUGCGACUGGUCCUCCCGCCUCCUCCUCCUCUCCCCCUCCUCAAACCCCCAAGCGGCGCCGCCGCCGCAGCAGCAGCAUAAGAAAAGGGAGCCAUCGGAAACUCCCGGCCGGAGAUGCCUCCACUGCGCAUCGGAAAAAACCCCACAGUGGCGAACAGGCCCGAUGGGCCCGAAAACUCUCUGCAACGCGUGUGGGGUACGAUACAAGUCGGGUCGGUUGGUACCCGAAUACCGACCCGCCGCCAGCCCCACUUUCAUAUCCGCCCGACACUCGAAUUCACACCGGAAAGUAUUGGAGCUCCGGAGACAGAAGGAGGUGCAAGUAGUCCACCAUCACAAACAGCACCACCACCCGCAAUUGAUCAGCCACCAUCAGCCUUCGAUUUUCAACGGCUGUGAUGAGUUCCUGAUUCAUCACCACGGUAGCAUUAACGGUCCAGAUUUGAGGCACAUGAUCUAGUUCUGCGUGUGUGUGUGAGAGAGCUACUAGUGUACGGAGAUGGGUCCCACAUGCCUGCUAAUUUUUUUUAUUAGUCAUAACCCAAUUUUUCUAAUUUCACCUUUAAUUAAAUCUGGUUUUAGAAUUAUUUGAAUUCUCGAAAUAGAAAAGUGGAGGGAGAAGAUGGUCAAAUUAAAUUGUAGAAGCUGUAACGCAAUAUUUUAAAUUUUCUUUAAAUUUUGAUAAAUGUUAUUAUUUUUA